AUGUUAAUAUCUUGGCGUGCGUUUUUUAUUUCAACUUCUCUCUUUGUGUAUAAAUCACACACGAUAGAUAAGGCGGAGCAAACAGCAGAGGCAACAGUAGAGAUGGUCGAGAAGGUGGCCGAGGCGGCGGAGAGAAUCGCCGACGACGUCUCUGAAGUGUUUCCCGGCAAUGAAAGACUCAAGAAGGCAGCAUCCAGUGUCAAAGCCGUGGCAGAUGAGAUCGAGAAGGAUGUGGACAAAGCCGAGGCACUACUCCAUAAGAUAGAUGAGAUAGAGGAAGAGGUGGAUUCUGUAGUGGAGUCUUUUACGAAGAAAGGGUCAGGAAAGAAUAAGUAGCAGGUGUAUAUGGAGAGCAGCAAUUCGGUGCCCAGGCUCAUCUGCACCUGCAAUGAAGGAUUUUUUUAAACAAAUGCUAGAAAAAAUUAAGAAAUUCCAAUUUUCUUUGCAUGGUAGAUAAUUUGAUGCGUGAGGUGCACUCCAAAUUUCAGAUCAUUUGGACAUCAGAGUAGCUCUCGGCAAA